GUCGAAGAAGUGCCGCCGACCAGAUCACGGUAGAUCAUCCGUCUGUACCGAGCGAGGGGAACAGAGAUAUACGUAUAUAGCUCACGGCGAAUCGCCGCGAGUACGGGAGAGUUGACACCUCCGCGAGAGCAUGGAUCCACGGCUACACCGCCAGUCGUCGUCGUCGUCCCCGAGUCGCCAAGAAUUCGUGCUGUCGUUCCGGCGUCGUCAGUAAACACCGACGGAUAUACAGAGUUGGGACUAACCAUGUCCACUAAGAGGCAUCGCGGGCAAAAGUUAAGCAUAGAUAAUAAAAAAGUAUAUGAAGGUCGUAAUAGAUAGAAUGAACGCGUCUCGGCAACACGAAGCGCGUUGCUUCAAUGAAAACUCUCCCAGGCCACCAGUGCCAGGAGAGGAAACUGGAAGCUAUGUCAGCCGGAUCCGUCCACAAAGUCCCGCUCUGACGCCAAGACGCUCUUCCUUUGCGACAUCGCAAACCUCCGGUGGUGGUUGCGAUGUUGCGGCGCCGUUGGGAUUCGAACCGGAGGGUUGUUGCGGAACCACUACCAUGGAGAGCAAUUCGCCCCCUGCUUAUGCACGGUGGGCGAGAAAUCUGCACUCCUUGUUAGAGGAUCCGGUGGGUUUAGAGCUGUUCAAGAGGUACCUAAGUCAGGAGGGGCAUUUGGAUCCGCUUAAUUUCUGGUUCGCCUGCGAGGGCCUUAAAGAACAGAAAGACAUAGAGAAGAUCUCGCAAUUGGUGAAGCUCAUCUAUCGAAGGUUUUUUCUCAAGUCGCAGCUAAGCAUACCAGAAGAUGUAAUGAAAGAGGCAGAUCGACGGGUUAAGGAGGGUCGCACCGAUCAUAAAGUGUUCGACAUAGUACAAUUAGAGGUCGAGCGGCUGAUUAACGAAACGACUUACCCCAAUUUUCUUCAAUCUGAUGUGUACCUGCAGUACAUUCAGUCCUACCAAAUUCCUGAUUCCGGCGAUUGCCCGAGCUCGAGUUCAGGUAGUCGCGAGAUGUCGCUCUCCUGCGGACCGAGUCUGCUGCCCACCGUGCAUGAAGACAGCGAGUACGUCGGCACCAGUUGUGUACACAUGCACAAUUCGCACUCGACCGGCGAGACACCCGGAGAACUGAGAUUGACCAAAGAUAUGCUAAUGGUUACCCAACAGAGUAGAGCGAUGGAUCUACGACCGAGGCCAGAAGCGUACGCCGGCAUUUACUUGCAACAUGGGACUAGUCCGUAUCACAUGCACGUAUCCAGAUUGCACGCACUAUAUUCCUCCUACAACCCAGUAUCCAGACAGGAUUCCGAGCUUCAGAGUUUGAGCAGUGAUGCACGUACCGAGGUGGACAAUGUGUCCCUCAACGACGGAUCUAUCGAUGGGACGAGCAGCAGACAAAGAAGCAAGAAGCAAUACACCAAGCAAUCUAGUAGGGCAAUUAAAGAAUCCGCGAAUAUAAAUCGCGAGCCCAUGGCACAUCAUGUUGUCCCACGAACCCAACGUAUGGCGUCUCCGAAACAGAUGUCGGAGGAGCAAUUCGCGGAAAUGCUCACGCACAAGUUGGAGAUCCUGAUGCGAGAGCAGAAGGCCCAUGAGAAACUGGAGAAAUAUCUGUAUCAAGAAAAUGACGCGUCGACCGGUAACGAUGCGUUGGUAGAACCUUGUGGAGCUUCCAAGACUCUGGGCGAUGCGCUGAAGGAAAAAUUAUCCAUGGAAGAGGACAGCGAUCAAGCUAUUCUUGACGAGCAUGUGUCACGCGUUUGGUCAGAUCAGACACCUUCGAGAUCUCCCAGACUUUCACCCGAGAGAAGGCGUCCCACCCACAAUUAUCCACGGCCUUACAAGCAGAGGAAAGAGAAAGAUAUGGAUUCCACAUUCUCGGUGGACAGUGGUAAUAUUCACGACUUCCAAGAGGGUAGCGACCUUGUUGGAGCUGGCUCUAUGAGUUCACUGGGCUCACAUCUUCCCAAAUCUAAAUCUGUGCCAUCAGAUUACGCUGAUUUCCUUCACAAGCAGGAUCUACAUGGUCAAGGUCACGACCAAAGAUUCCGAAGGUCGGACAUAACGAGACGAUCAGCUACGAAAAAAUCAAUGACGGAGCUAACAGAUAGUGGAGUAAGUGUAGUCAGUGACGUGCAACCUUCCUUAAACAAAGAUGUUCGUCUUAUGCCUCGGUUUAAAGAAAUGGACAAGAAGAUUGAUUUGAAGCAUAGUAGUCGUCAUGGUAAGAGAUACGGCUCGCGUAGCGGGUCUUUGGAAAGGCCAAACAGAGAAACAUGGAGCAUGGGAGUUCCUGCUCAGCCGUUUGUUGCUGAUCCGGGAAUGCCACCUCUGACACCACCUCACACGGUUAUACAAUUAGAGGAGACUUGUAGAAGACUAAUGGAAGAAAAUAAGAUACGCGCUAGUUGCAAGCGACACCUCAACGUUUCGAAACAGACGUACGAGUCGCAGUUCACGUCGCAGUGUCAACCGUAUGUCCAAUCCAACCAGUCUACUUUGAGGAAACCGAAGCAGGACGACUUCACCACUGUUGUGUUCAGUUUCUGUGACGAGCAAUUCCCUUACAGGACCAAAAUUCCUGGUCACAACGUCACGUUAAAACAGUUCAAGGAAUACCUUCCGAAAAAAGGGAGCUAUCGAUACUUUUUCAAAACCGAAUGCGAAGACUUAGAUACGAAAGUUAUACAAGAGGAGAUAACGGAUGAUGCUGAGGUUCUGCCACUGUGGGAAGGCAAAGUGAUGGCGCAAGUUAAGGCGCUUGAAUAAUAGACUGAAUAAAAAAAAAUAAAACGAAACGAAGCGCAAAAUGCGCAUAUUCUGACCAAGUGCCGCAAUAAAUAUUAUUUAAGUAAUCCGCCACUAAGUCGGUGCUCGGUAUUUAUACAUAUAUACAUAUUAACGCUUGUCACGCGGCCUCUUUCUCAUAAUUGCCUAAGAAAAGUAGUUUUUAUCGAUGAAAAAGAUAAAAUAUCGAGUCGAGCAAUAUUGUUUCGCACGUGUGAACGUUGCGGAAAAAUAAGAAAACGGCCUCACAACAAGUUCUGU